UCCCUUUAAAAAACCCAUCGAGAGCCCGUUCAAUAGAAUGCUUCUAAUAAUUAUUUAGUCUUACAGAAUAUUUUACCAGAAAGGUCCAUCAGCGUUAUUCAAAUAAAACAACGGCACAUGGUAAUCUGGACCCUAAAACUGUUAUUUUUGUUAACAUUUGUAUCGGCGAGGACGUCAUAGUCUGACCCCAGAUAUCAACGACUAUGUACAGGCAGUCGUAUAAAAGCUUGCGAUUAGUCGCGCACGCUCAGUAUCUACUUGAAUGUACGAAAAUGAAGAUGCACGUGUUCUUAGUUAUUUUGGUGGCACUAGCGCGUGUCUCCGUCCAAGGGUUUGAUUUGUUCGGAAGCUCGAGAAGCCUCGUCAAUAACUUCGAAGACGCUCGUAACUACAUCGAAACGCAAAAAGAUAAGGUCAUCGAAGAAUGGUCCUCCUACAUGGAAGACAUAAAGCUGUCGAGCUCGUGGACGAACUUCUUAGAAGAUAAAGAGAAUCCGUCCUUGGAAGACCCCGACGUGGUGCUGAGCGUGCCCGCGAUGAUCACGCGGCGCGGCUACCGCUGUGAGACCCACUCGCUCAUCUCCCAGGGAUACGUGUUAAACAUUCACAGGAUACCGCAGGCUCGAAGCGGCGGCGACACUCCAUCGAAUACCGUGAUACUUCAGCACGGCUUGUUUGCGAGCUCUGCCGACUGGGUCCUGAACGGGCCUGGAAAAUCCUUAGCCUUCGUGUUGGCGGACGCCGGCUACGACGUCUGGAUGCCAAACAUAAGAGGUAACAGAUAUUCGAGGGAGCACACCACUUUAAAGAGCAGUUCGACUCAAUAUUGGAAUUUCUCGUGGCACGAGGUCGCCCAGCACGACAUCCCGGCCAUCAUAGACUAUAUCAGGGAGAGGAAGGGCUCGGACACAAAGAUCGCGUACAUGGGCCACUCGAUGGGUUCCACGAUGCUGUUCGCGAUGCUGGCGCUGCGGCCGGAGUACAACGCGGUGCUGCGGGCGGGGCUCGCGCUCGGCCCCGUCGUCUACUUGUCUCAUAUCAAGUCGCCGGUCAAAACGCUAGCUCCGGUUGUCGCCAACGCGGCAAGAAUGAACGUUAUUAAAAACGGCGAAUUUGUGCCGAAACAAUCUGGCUUCGGACAAAUGAUGAGCGCGUGCAGCUCCGACGACGUGGACACGUACGUUUGUAAAAACGCAAUAUUCUUCAUCUGCGGCACCGACGAGAAGCAGUUUAACAAGACGCUGCUGCCGGUGUUCCUGUCGCACCUCGGGACCGGCACGUCCAUGAAGACCAUCCUUCACUUCGCGCAGGAGAUCGACGCCGCGGGACGCUUCCAGCAGUUCGACUACGGACCCACCAAUAAUAUGAAAAUAUACAAUUCAGAAACUCCACCAGAAUACGAUCUGCGCAAAAUCACUCUUCCCAUUUACCUGCUGUACUCAAGGAAUGAUUUAUUGUCUAGCGAACAAGAUGUUGAUAAACUGUACCAAGAUUUGGAAACCAGAACAGAAAUCUACCUCGUACCGGACCCUGAGUUCAACCACGUGGAUUACCUGAUGGCGAACGACGCUCCGAGACUCUUGAACGACAAGGUGUUGCAGUUCUUGCUCGCAGCUUUUGCGGACCACCAAGGACCUGAUCGUCACAUGGGAACUCGCGAGUCAGUCCGCCAAUACAAAGCAUCACGUAAAGUGUUGAACACGUGAGGUGGGGGGCGACCGUGGAGAGCGGGCCCGCUACAGCAUCCUGUCCACUUUUUGCGAGCCCUGCUCAGAAUUAUUGGUUUAAUUUCAUUAUUUCUGACAGUUGUCGUGGUCACAUCGACACGUGGUCCAAUUAUACAUCGACCAUUAUAAACAAUCAAAACCAAACCUAACCGGUUCAAUACGUGGCACUUAAUAACCUCCGCGACAAUAGAUAUGUACAAGACAUAUUAUUAUGUAUGUAUAUAAAUACGUACCUAGUACGGCUCGACAGAGGGAACGUCCCUGUGAUAAUGGAUACAUUCGUUUACAACAAUAAAUUGCAUGUUUUGUACUUUUAAGGUACUUUAAAAUGUCUAGUGCUUAUCUAACAUCCUGGGAUCCUCUUAUAGUGAAAUAGUGAAGUAGAAAGUACAAGAAAAACAGAACCCAAGAUUUUCUUAGUUCUUUAUGUAUCUAAAAUCUAAAUGUAAAUUUAAAGAUAUAUUUAAAAAAUAGUCUUUAGCUUAAUAUUGAAAUAUCAACAAAUAAAUAACACAUCAGUCGCCAUAACUACGUAGACUGAAAUAUUCGAAUUGUCGGAAGUAAUAAAAUACAAACAUUUUAUACGAGAUGAAGCCGCACGGCAGUCAGUGCAGUGCGAGGUCGAGACACACGUCACAUCUGAGGGCGGCCGCGCUGCUCCGUUCCGAGUGAAGGAGGAAAGGCCACGAUGAUAGGUAGCGACAAACAGUCGCGCAGAAUACAAGGGAACACAAGGAAGGAAACUCGCGAACAAACCGAACUGAUUUAUUAACGUCUGACCCGGAGCUUGCCUCGCACCUAAUUGUCACAGUACGAGUAUCAGUGGCGUACGGAGACAUGUAUAUAAUAAGAUAAACUUAAGAAAUUGAAUGGUGUACGCAAGAGACCAUAAUUAUUUAAUUAUUUACUUGAUACGCCAUUAGCGUUUUUAUAAGAAAAUGUAUUAUAAUUUAUGUAUUAAGUAGAUAAUAAAAAUCUAGUAAGUAAACUGCA